AGGGGAGGGCAGUCAGUCCACCUCAUGACCACCCCACCCCAUCCUCUGUACACCUUUAUCAGUACAAAACUGCCGCGUUUGUACUCUGGACAGAGUAGGGGACGAGAUACAGACUGGCAAAAUGACUUCAGCUGAGUCAAAGUCAGAACUCUUCACUGUAGCCACAGGGGCUGGAGGAGACAGCCAUCAGAAUCAGCCCAAUAAGUUAUCUUUCUAUGAGCACUACAUUCAGCCAUGCCUGGCUGAGAUACUCGGCUCCACUCUCUUCAUGUUUGUGGGUUGCGUGUCGGUCAUGGGUAACGUGGGCAUCAACGGGAGCAUCCAGCCGGCACUGGCACAUGGACUAGCACUGGCUAUUGCAAUUGCAAUUUUUGGAGAAGUCAGUGGCGGUCACUUCAAUCCAGCUGUGUCUGUGUGUGUUUAUCUCAUUGGAGGAAUGGAAUUCAUUCUACUGGUGCCAUACAUGAUCUCACAAAUGCUUGGUGGGGUGAUCGCUGCCAGUCUGGCCAAAGCUGUCACUACAGAGAUGGCAUAUGGAAAUGCAACUGGAGCAGCAUUUGAUGCAGUUCAAUCUGCAGAUGUCGUUGGUUCAGCGACUCUGGCCGAGAUGAUAAUGACCCUGUUUUUGACUAUAGUUGUCAGCAUGGGUGCCGUGAACGGAAGGACCCGGAGUUCACUCGCUCCUUUCUGCAUUGGACUGACUGUGACUGCAAAUAUAUUGGCUGGAGGAGGAAUCUCAGGAGCAUGUAUGAACCCGGCACGGGCUUUUGGCCCAGCGAUAGUGUCCGGUCACUGGACCUACCACUGGAUAUAUUGGGUGGGACCUUUGACUGGUGCUCUGGUCACUGUCAGCAUUGUCAGGCUGAUAAUGGGUGAUAAGAAGAUCCGUGUUGUUUUCAAAUGAUGGAGAAAAGACUUCAGAUGAUCCCAAGCUUUUUAAAAUUGCAUGUUAUGCACUGUGUUAUAUUGUUAAACAUUUAUAUUACUGUUGUUAUUUUGUAUGUAUUCUAGCGCUCCGUAGUCUCUUUUAUUGUUCUACUUUUAAAGCUUUCUAUUAUGUAUUCUAAAGUUUUAUUUUAAUAAAUAGUCUUUUGUUA